UGGGGUAGCGGUAAAUGUGACAGUGGACCAACUGAAGGGGAAGAUUCCCGGUGUUUGUGAUGCUCUUUGUUUGGUGUGAUGCAGACAGGGUGGUAUGAGUUGUAAAACAGAAGUAAUUAUUUGUUCUUUUUAGUUUUGCUGUUGAGUCUUUGCCCGACAAAGUGUACUUCGGAUAUUUCAGUUAUCCCCUAUGAGCUGUUGUGCCGAAUCCAUUACGUUGUUACAGGUGUCAAGCUUAUGGGCACGUGGCAUCGGGGUGUAGGAGGGAGAUGUGAGAAGUGUGCAGAAGGACACGAGACAAAGGAAUGUGUAGUAUUGGAGAAAGAAGAGAAAGUGUUCAUUGUAGGGGUGCCCAUGGGGCUGGGGAUCAGAAAUGUCUGGUGCGAGAGAGGCAGGUUGAGGUUGCCAGGGUUAGAAUAGUGCAGAAGGUGUUUGAUGCUGAGGAAGAUGGGUAAAUGGGGAGGGGUCCUGAGAGGGUUCAUGUGAGUAGUAGAGCUGUGCCAGUACCGAGGGAUAGGCCAACGAUUGAUAUAUGCUACACUUUCUACCGCUUCUCCACACUGAGCCCAAGACUAUACUGACAACAUCACUGGGCACCGCAGGAGAAAUGGCAUCAGUGAAAGACAGCAGUCAAACACUCCUGUUGAAUAUCAUCACGAAAGAUGAAGAGGAGGAAGUGAAGAUUUGGGAAUAUGAUGAUUACCCAGGAGCGAGUCCAGAGAUGACAUCAUCAAACAGCAGUCAAACACUGGGCCUGAAAGUCAUCAUAAAAGAAGAAGAGGAGGAAGACGACGACAUUGGGGAAUCUGAUCACGGAGAGACCUCUAACAACUCUGACCAAGUUGAGACAUUUCCUGUAUCAGGGAAGAAACAUCAGGAAUGGAGCAAAGCUAAGGGGUCUCACCACUGCCCACACUGUGAGGAGAGCUUCCCAUUCCCAUCAUAUCUUGAAAGACACAUUCGAAAACAUUCUGGAGAGAAGCCUUAUGCCUGCUCUGUCUGUGGGAAGCGCUUUCCUGCAUCACAUCAUCUAACAGUUCAUCAACGAGUGCACACAGGAGAGAAGCCUUACCACUGCUCUGACUGUGGGAUGAGUUUCUCUCAACUGAGUGGCUUGAAAGGUCACCAACGAACACACACUGGAGAGAAGCCUCACCACUGCCCUACCUGCAGCAAAAGUUUCUCCUAUCUGCGAGACUUGCAACGCCAUCAGCUGAUUCACACAGGAGAAAAGCCUUACUCCUGCUCUGACUGUGGAAAGGGUUUCACCUCACCAAGCCAUCUAACAGUUCAUAAGAGAGUGCACACUGGAGAAAAGCCCUAUAAUUGUUCUGAAUGUGGGGAGAGUUUCUCUUAUGUAGGUAGCUUCAAACAUCACCAGAGAAUACAUACAGGAGAGAAGCCAUACUCCUGUCCUGACUGUGAGAAGCGCUUCACCUCGUCGAAUCAGCUAAAGGUUCACCAGAGGGUGCACACGGGAGAGAAACCUUUCUGCUGCUCUGAAUGUGGGGACUUUUUCUCUCAACAAAGUAACUUGAAAUCACACCAGCGAACACACAGGAGAGAAGCCUUACCAUUGAUCUCACUGUAGCAGACCCUUGUUCUUAACGUACUCACUUCAGUCAGACAAUACAGUAUGUAUGUAUCCACCAGAAGCUUUACAUAUGACUGAUGUACAUUUUUUCAACAUUCAAAUCAUUCCUUAAGUGGAUCAGUGGGCACACAGGAGAGAAGCCGUAUCAGUAAUGCUAGACCUGCAGGAUUAGUUACCCCCAUAAUGGCAUUCAUAGAAAAAGUGGGGGACAUUCUAAAAUGCUUGUGGUGAUCUCCAAUGGCUUAACCCGACUUAAGGACAUUGAAUGAAAAUGAAAGUAGAGAGAAAACAUCUAGGGGUUUAACUGUGUAAUGUUGCUAAAGGUGUGUAAAAGGGAAAUGGUAAAUAAUGCAUUAAAGGAUUGAUACAUAUUUAAAUGAACGGUAUUAGAUGCUAUAUGGAACUCUUAAAGCUUGUUAAAUUACAUUUUUUGUUAUGUAGGCCUAACUGUAUUGGCUAUGAGUUAUACUGAUAAUAAAGUCUUUACUCUGAA